GGACUAAUACAGCACGGUGCAGAAACUGGCUCCGAUGCGCAUUAGUGGCAACAUAGACUCACCUCUUCCAAGUUUCCAGCAGCGGCUCAGGGCCCAAGCGGAGGGGACCCAGCGUGGGCUGGACUUGAGCGAUUGAUGCUAUCUUCUGACCAAGUGUCCUAGUGGAAGAGGCGGCCAAGGAAAGGUGCCAGAGCAGAGGCCCUCAGGGCCUCUAAUCGUUACAGGAAUUGCUUAGCCUUUGUCAGGUAGAAGAUGGGAGUCUAGUUUGAUCAAAGAAUUCUAGACCGCCGCAAGUUUGUGCUCUUCGGUUGCUUCAUUCUGUGCGCUCAGGUUUGUCAUUUGUGUUGUGAUCUUUAACCCGAAUGAUCUCAAAUUCAAUGCAGACCCUGUAAAUGCUGCAUGAGGACUCCUGUCAUUUUCAAAGAAUGGAGGCCAAUAUGAAGCUUGCAGUGGUAGAAGAUGCUGUGGAGUACUGUCUGUUCCUGAUGCCAGAUGAUGCAAGAGACACAGUAGAACCCAAAGAGAUUCUUCAGAAGUACAUUGAAAGAAUAAUGACCCACUUUGCACCUAUACUGGUGCCUUAUAUCUGGCAGAAUCAGCCUUUUAAUCUCAAAUAUAAACCUGCCAAAGGAGGUGUUCCUGCCCAUAUGUAUGGCAUGACAAAGUUUGGAGAUAACAUUGAGGAUGAAUGGUUUAUUGUUUAUGUAAUAAAGGAGAUUACAAAGGUAUUUCCAGAGUUAGUAGCAAGGAUUGAAGACAACGAUGGGGAAUUCUUGUUGAUAGAAGCUGCUGACUUUCUCCCUAAGUGGUUGGAUCCUGAUAAUAGUGCCAAUAGGGUGUUUUUUCAUCAUGGGGAGCUGUGCAUUAUUCCUGUGCCAAGGAAAUCUGGAAGAAUACCCUGGCUACCCACCACGCCCCCAACAAUCCAACAGGCUUUGAGUAUUAUCUCAGCACACCCAGAAGCUGUGUUAGCUUCAGAAUCUGUACGAGCUGCCGUGGACAGGCGCAUCAGAGGGUAAGAAAGAGAACACUGCUAUGCGUCUGUAAACAUGGAGUGCAUUAAUGGACCGACUGUUAGGUCUGUUAUUCUGUUAGAAUGGUAUUCAAAACUCAAUUUCAGGAAAAGACUCACACUUUUGUGUCCCAAUGCCCAGGUCACUUUUACUAAAUGUCUGUACGCACAGCUGGUACAACAGAAGUUUGUGCCAGACCGGCGGAGUGGAUAUGGGCUGCCACCUCCAUCUCAUCCCCAGUACCGAGCCCAUGAAUUGGGCAUGAAGUUGGCUCAUGGAUUUGAGAUUUUGUGUUCCAAAUGUAGCCCACAUUUUUCUGACUCCAGGAAAUCCCUUGUGACUGCUUCACCCCUCUGGGCCAGCUUCCUCGAAAGUCUGAAGAGGAAUGAUUACUUUAAGGGACUGAUGGAAGGCUCUGCGGAGUUCCAGGAAAGACUAGAAAUGGCGAAGAAUUACUUCCAGCUCUCCAUACACCGGCCAGAAAGUUCACUUGCUAUGAGUCCUGGUGAGGAAAUCUUAACCGUGUUGCAGACACUGCCGUUUGAUGUUGAGGAGCUCAGAAAAGAAGGCACUGAUCUUCCUCCUGAGGAUGACGAGCAGUGGUUAGUCCUCUCGCCAGACCAGCUGGACCAGCUACUGCAAGAUGCAGCAGGCAGAAAAGAAUCACAGCCCAUUUCCCAGAAGGAGGAGGAGCAGAAUUAUGACGUAGUGCAGGUCUCAGACAGCGUGAAGGCCUUCAUCUCCAAAGUCUCAACCCACAAAGGGGCAGAGCUUCCCAGAAACCCUUCUGAAGCUCCAAUCACUUUUGAUGAAGAUUCUUUUCUUAAUUAUUUUGAUAAGAUUUUAGGAACAAAACCUCAAGAGUCAGAGUCAGACCCUGAUGAUCUGGAUGAAGAUGACUUCGGAUGUUUAGACAGUGAUGAUGACUUGAACUUUGAAACUGAGGACUCUGAGUCUCUGAAAGGAGCUCUUGGCAGUCUCAAGUCCUAUAUGGCCCAGAUGGACCAGGAACUGGCGCACACCAGCAUGGGCAAAAGCUUCAGUACCCGAAAGCAAGAAAAGGACCCUUCAUCCCAGACUGCAAAUAACAAUUCAGAUGAGGAAGACUCAGGUGCAGGAGAUUGCGUUGAAGCAGUGGAUGUAGACCUGAACCUGGUUUCAAAUAUACUGGAAUCCUACAGCUCCCAAGCUGGCCUGGCAGGACCUGCUUCCAACCUGUUACACAGCAUGGGUGUGCGACUCCCUGACAAUGCUGAUCACAACCCCCAAGGAAAGCCAGUGAAGAGUUAGCCUGCACAUCAGCUGAAUCAACAAUAAAUUCUCACUGACUAGACAGUGAGUCAAGUGUGCUAUUUCUAGUCUGCUGUUCAUGAGAAUGUCUGCCUUAGCUGGGUGUUGGUGGCACACGCCUUCAAUCCCAGCACUCUGGAGGCUGAGGGUGGUGGAUCUCUGCAAGUUUGAGGCUAGCCUGGUCUACAGAGCAAGUUCCAGGAAGGCUCCAAAGCUACACAGAGAAACCUUGUCUCAAACAAACAAACAAACAAACAAAAAACAAUUAAAAAAAAAAAGUACUCCUUGCAGGUUCCAGAGCCCCAGUACCACUUCUCCGCAAGUCCUGUGGCCUCAUGAGCUUGUUUUGUUUGCUUAAAAUUUCCCUAGACAUGGUCUCCCUUGUAGCUUAGUAAAAUAUGAUGCACUCUUGAUGUAACUCUGAAUAUUUAGUUUCUCUCUUAGGUAUGUUCUUCCUCAGUCAGAAUUCUAAUUUGGCAAAAUCCCAUUUCAUUCACUUUUUAAUGAGAU